UGUUGAUCAUCUUACUUCGAGAAGUUUACUAUGUGACUCUGUUCAACCGUGCAGCUCCCCUCCAGCUUGCCUCCUGUCUCCAUUUGCACAUAUCCGUUUGUAUUCUUUUCCUGGCUGGUUACACAGGCUUAUUUUAUAUUUAAAAAGAAAAGGGAUUGAUUUUUUUUUCUUUUAAAAAAAAAAAAAAUAAUAUUUGUCUAGGCCGGAUGUCCCCUUUAGCCGGUCCUUUACUCUUCUGUCGUGAUGUUUUCGAGUCUUUUUAAUACUCUUGCUUCUCAAAAAGCCCUGAACGCAGAAAGCUCGCCGAUGUCCUCGGAAAAGUUCACACCAUGUCCUCCCGCAUCUCCAGUCGAGUGGGCGCACACCCUGCGGCGGAGUUUUCAAUCUCGCGGCUUUCGAGAAUACCAACCGCAUCUAAUACUGGCACCGCAGCCCCGAGAACGCAGAUUCCCAAAGCCGUGCCUUUAAACUCCAAGAGCGGGAGGGGUGUUAGUGCAUCAGAAAGCGCAGAGUCCGGGCUUAAUGCGCAAUCUGUUGACCCGAAAAUGCCUACCGGCCCGCCUCAUACUUUAGUCCUAGAUGUUCCGCCGCUACCGCGCACAGCAUAUUCAUCAUCAAAUAACAAGGUGACGGUGCAAUCUCAAUUGGCUUCUCCGGCUUUGACUUCGUCGGUAUCUCAGAAACCAACCCUAUCAAGAAAGCCUCCGUCGAUUGAACGGUAUGUCGAGCGGAGUAAGUCACGAUUGCCUUCUCUGAAACGUUUACCGGGUAUCGAAAAAGGAAAUACAGAGGGAUUUUCGAAAUCAUCGACCAAGACACACAUACAACAAGCACAAACGCAACCCCCGGUAACACCUGUUGAAACCCGAAUCGAUACCAAUCCUCCUGUUAUUCCUGAGUUUUCCGGUCUUUCAACGAGUAUAGGGCCUUUACACCUUCCCCCUCCAACUUCCAACUUCACUAGCAGCCCUUCAACCAGAUGUUCAGACUCACCGGGGCCUUGGAGUAGCAGGACAUCCACCCCCACGUCAUUAUCCUCCUACUCACCUGGACUCACCCACCCCUCCAAGAUUGGAUCUCGUCUAAGACAACCCAGUCCAUCGCUAUUCCGUGUCCAUCCCACUCCUUACCAUGUGUCUGGCGCAUCUUAUCCGGGCGCGACGAAAGAUGCCCCCUCUUUUCCAAAAUCUCCUCAACGAGCCCAAACGGAACCAGCUCAAAUAACAGGGUCGAAACUCCCAACAAAACACCAUCUUCAACCGGCAAAUAAGGUGAAAACUGAAGCACUGCGUUGCCCUUCGCCAUCUCCGACGCCCGCCUCUAAGGGACCGGUACCGAAACCAUAUAGUAAGGUGGAUGUUGCAACCUAUAGACAAGAGAAUAUGAACGCUGAAGCGCGGAAUAAAUAUCUUCAGAAGGUUAGCAAAGUCGAGGAUGUUCGUAUACCUCCAUCCAAACCUCCAGCGAGACCUACACGCACAGGUACCGAGGGCCUAGGACUCCAAUCCUCUCCGGUUAUUCACAGCAACCUUUCCUCAUCGAAGCUGGCUGGACACAAGCGCCAAGAUUCUGCGGAGGGCGGUUUUCGAUUUAAAGCAGUAGGAAACGCAGUGUCUCGAGAUAUGUCAACCGACUCCUUGCAACCAAAAACCUCGUCUCGGAUCCCCCACCUUUCUCCUUCACCUAAUACAUUUGAUAGGACUGAUUCUCGUUCCCCUACUCCUAGGCAUUCGAGCCGCUCGGUCUCAAGGAAAAGGUCAGUCCUUGUCAAAGAGCCCAAGGAAAAGGACGUCAAAGCGGAGGCCACUGAUAGUGGAGGGAGACGUUUUGGUUUCUUUUCAAAGAAGUCGAGGGCGUCCCCUGAGCCAUCUCGGUUAGAACAGGCGGACAGGCAAGCCCGCAGGGGACCUGCCGCUGGUACUGGACACGAAGGGUAUGGGAGAUAUGCUCAGCGUGGACGAAGGACCAGCAUAGGAAGCAAUGCGAGCCGCGCCGGUUCUACAAGCACCAAUGGCUCCUUGGGUAUCGCCAGUCGAACACAUGCUGAUAUUGACGACUUCCUGUUGGAUCGCUUGGAACCGGUAAUAAUCACAGGUGGUGGAAUGGAUUGUGCGAACUUGACUCGAACCCGCAGUGAACAGAGCAUUGGUGUAUUAAGUGUCGCGUCAACUGCAAGUUCAAGCACACCUCGACAAUCUACGAAGUUUUAUGGUCAGUUUCCAGAGUCUCUCCUUUCCUCGACCGGACGCUUGGUCCAUUCCCCGGAGCCCAUGAGUGCUAUAUCGACCACAUCUCUUUCUACGGCGCAAGGUGACUAUAAUUCGAAGUCGACCACCGAAAAACGCCUCUCAUUUCGCAAACGUAGCUUUUUCAGUAAGGGUAAUACUAAUGAGCCUCUAUCCAUUCCUCCGGAAGUUUCGAGGUUAGCACCACCCAUUGACGUUCCCAACGCUCAUCGCUCGUCGAUGUCACAACCUGAUGUAUCUGCUUUGGCAAAAGAAGACGAAGGGAAGGACAUCAAGGUGCUGAAGAAACUGCAAAAGCCUGGAAAGUGGAAUUUUUUCCAGAGAAGCCAUCAGCUACGCCGAAAGGACCAUUUUACUGAAACCGAUCUUGCAUCUAUUACAAAAAUUCCAGUUGACUCCGUCGAAUCAGAUGCUCUUGAGAAUAUUCUUAACCAUAUAGAAGAAUCUCCGCAAUCAGAGGAGGAAUUUCAUAAUAUUUCAGCUAAAAUGGAUCUCAAAAGGCAACAAUCGGUCUUACUUCCUGCACCGCCUGUCGGCCUGACCGAAUAUACAUCUGAUAGACGUCCAUCAUCGCCCAGGGUAUUUUUUGACAAGGAUGUAUCCACUGUUAUGCCAGAAACAAUGCCCAAAUCGAGUGGGUCAACACGCCUCAAAUCGGUGGGCAGAAUACCUGCAGUGGUACCUAGAGGAAACAGGCAACAUAAGCCUCCGCCGCAGUCGUUUUCUCGUCCGUUUAGUCGAGCCGAUAUGCCGUCGAUCGCAGCAAGGUCAGAUGUCAAGCCUAGUACGCCUCAUCACAAUAUGUCAUUCUCUUCUAUGCCAGCCCCAGUUCCACAGCCAGCAGUGUGUGAAACAUUAGACACUUCCAAGUUCUCUUCUCUUCCCGGCAUCGGAUAUUCACAGGGCUUACCUACCACCUACCCUGAAUUUUUGGUUCUCUCCCCGAGAAAAAAUUCUGAAAUUUCCGAAACUAGUACUGAAAGCCUCAAAAGCCUCAAGGCCAUAACCGCCAUCAUGCCUAUCCCGGGAUCUAAGUUAACAGAAGAUGAAGUCUGGGACGAAUAUGACGAUUUCAUCGAUAAAGUUCUGAUUUCUCCUCCGCAAGAGGUGAAAGGCAUUUAUUCCCCUCGAAAUUCUUUCAGGAUGGCCACACGAGCGAGUAAAGCACUUCAGGCAGGCUUGAACGCGGCCACAAUGAAUUCGAGGUUGUCAUAUCAGUCAGACUGUUCUUCAGCAAGCACACAAACCUCUGUGCACCUAAGCCGCUCCAUGAUACUCUCGGGAUUGCACUCGUCCUCCAUUGCUCCGUCCACCCCUGUUUCUCUCAGCGAAUUGUAUUCUGACUAUGCUGAAAGCGAUAAGAGCGUCAUUGAUUCGGCAAUACUGGAUGUUCCACCUCUCGGAGCUUCCAAAUGUGUUCAAGCCUCGGGGGGCGAUAAAGCGCAAACAAAAGAGCUUGAUCGUCGGAAGAACGCUGCUCUCCUAGAUCUCACGGAGCGUGAACGACUUGGUGCUCUUGCACAAGCAAACUUGCGUUCGGGAUCCUUGAUGACUAGUCGCUGGUUAUCAUUUGGUCGGGUGCUUUUCAGUCCUGCACAGAAUCACGUCCGGACUGAGGACCAGUCUCGCAUCCUUGUCAUUGAUGGCCUUGGUAACGAUGAUUGGUCUUUUUACUGUUCCUUAACUUACCCAAAAGCCACGGUUUACAAUCUUAGUGUUCUGCCUUGUGGUCCAACCAGCAGCAAUCCCGCUGCUUGGGAUCCUCCGGCCAACCAUCGCUCUGUUCACCACGCCAAUUUUGAAAAUCCGUUCCCUUUUCCUAAAGGAUUUUUCACUGUUGCAAUAUUGCGCUUUCCGGGGGCGUGCUCGGAAGUUGGGUUGAAAAAUGCAAUUUUUGAGUGCAAGCGCGUUCUUCGCACUGGUGGUUACUUAGAGAUGAGCAUCCUAGACCUGGACAUGGUCAAUAUGGGAAGUCGAACUCGAAAGGCAGUCCGAAAUCUUAAGGAGCGUAUGUUUUCCGCCGAUUCUAGCGUCAGUCUCAAGCUAGCUAGUGACAAUAUUCAGCGGCUGCUUGGAAAACGAGGAUUUCAGAACCUCAACCGUUGCACAGUUGUGGUUCCUGUUGCAGGUACAAUAAUGAAAUCCUCGGAUACAUCGAAUUCUAGCCGCUCAACAGCUCCUAACAGCAUGGAUACCCCUAACGACUCGCUUCCGCCUCGUUCAGCGUCUACAAUAUCGGAAAGUCAAAGCCGUAUAAGACCUCCUUCAGACGAUGUCAAUGUCUCUCUUGGCGAUCUUCUAUCAGAUCCAUCGCCAUCGGCUGCAAAUGAUGAAGAUAUCGCCAAGAUGGUUGCCAAAGUUGGACGCUGGUGGUACACUCGCUGUUAUGAGACGUCUGUACUGCCAGAGGGAAAUCUCGAUGGCAGCAUUUGGGCAGAUCAUCGGCUUUUGCGUGAGUGUCAAAGACGUGGCACUGGAUUCAAGUUAUUGAUUGCCUAUGCCCAAAAGCCGAGCGAAGUGACACGACGGACAGUGAGUGUGUAAAACUGACCGCAACUAUCGAUUUCCCCUGACCAGCAUCAUUCUCUUUCAUACGGAGUAUUGGUUAAAUGGGCUUUCAUGCCGUAUUACGAUUUUCUACGACGUUUAUGAUUUGCAUGACGUGAACGACGAAAGAUUAACACCAGAAUUUUCUUUAUAUAACGCCUUCUACUUGGGUCUUAUGAAAUUAAGACUAUAUCGAGUACCUAGAUUGCACGUGCCAUAGUGCCUGUGUUAGACACCAUGGUUUUACUGUUGCUUUUUACUAUGUUCCUCUUUUCCCUUUUUGUUUCUCUUCCCAAGGCUGGUCCGUUCAAUUUGAAAUAAUUCUUCUCUUUUUUUAACAUGCAUCUUAUCGUGUUAGCUAUGAUGGAUUGGACUGGAUUUGUUCUUUUUAGCAUAUGGGCGGCAAGCGGUUGAAAUUUGGAUUGUAUCCUAGUUGGUUUCUCUUGUUCUUGUUGUACUUUUAUCUUCCUUGGGGCUAUAGCUGUACUCGGAGGGCUCUCCAAAUCGCUAACUGUCAGGGUGCUAUGUAUGUUACUCGGCCCUACGCCGCAUGAUUUCGCUUCAGCGUAUGCUUCCUAGUUGUUGGCAAUAAACCAAGAAUUUAGUUAAUGCAUAAUUAUUCUUUGG